AUAUUUUUCAUUAUUCCAUAUUCCAUUGCCAAACAUAGCCUAACACCCCUCCUCUCUCAUCUUCUUACACUCUCUAUCAGUUUCACGCACUCCAGGCCCUCUUUCACAGACGGACGAUAGCCACCACGACCGGACGCAGCCUCAUAUCACCUCACCUCUACGAGAGCACUUUGUUAAAGGAGACCGGAAGAUCAAAAGAAAAAAAAAAUGGCAAAAUCAAUGUCAUGGUCGUUAGCAAGUUCCACACGCUCCCAACCUUCAGUUUCCCGCCUCCAUUAUCAUUAUCAUCAACUUGAGCUUGGAAUGCAAACUCCACCUCUCAAUUUUGCGAAGAGACAAACUCUGAAUUCUCCUUUAUCAUUUUCAUCUUCUUGUAUGAGGGCACCCACACCAAUUGAAAACACCAAUCACCACCAUCCCACACGCACUGCUGCUGUUCGCCAUCUUGUUGGCUCUGUCACCAAAACUGAAGGCCUCCGUUUUGCUGUGGUUGUUGCCAGAUUUAAUGAGAUGGUUACAAAACCUCUGCUAGAGGGAGCUUUGAACACAUUCAAGAACUACUCGGUUCAAGAAGAAGAUAUUGAUGUUGUUUGGGUUCCCGGUAGUUUUGAAAUUGCGGUGGCUGCUACCAGAUUGGGAAAGUCAGGAAAGUAUAAUGCAGUUAUAUGUAUAGGUGCUGUGAUAAGAGGGGAUACAACUCACUAUGAUGCUGUUGCUAAUUCGGCAGCGUCUGGAGUGCUUUCAGCUGGCCUAAGUUCUGGAGUUCCCUGCAUAUUUGGUGUUUUGACUUGCGACGACAUGGAUCAGGCUUUAAACAGAGCUGGUGGUAAAUCUGGAAACAAGGGAGCAGAGGCUGCUUUGACAGCUAUUGAGAUGGCUUCGUUGUUCAAGCAUCAUCUCUCGUAGUUGUCUUCCUAAAUUUUUGGAAAUGACAUGUUUGCGGAUGAGUUUCUGUAUUUUUGUGGUGCCAGGUAAUGUUGUGUUGUUUUAUUUUCAAAUAGGAGAUGCAAAGACACUUCUGGUAUAAUAAAGUAUGUUCGAAUAGGUUUCCAAAAAGCAAUAACCUUUUGUAAUGCCUAGAUUUAGACUUUCUUGACAUUCUAUUUGGUACAUGAAAGUGCAUACUUACUCAUUAAAACUAAUAAAGACCACCGUUUUAUUUUUA